AUGUACAAGCUCAGUCAGGGUAAUUGCAAUGCGGGCUACUACGAAUUCCGCGGACUAUGCUGGUUAUUCCAGGAUACAAACGUGUAUGACUUUGACACAUCUCAGGUAGACUGCAAGUCCAAAGGAGGCAACCUAGCUGCGAUCCGUGACUCGUACGAUUCCAGUUUCAUUGUGCGCUAUCGUGCUGAGAAGUUUCCUCUCAACAAUCACACGCAGGUCACCAUUGGCUACAAGAAGACCACGAACCUGUUCGGCCAGUUCCGCUGGCAAGACGAAUCCUGCCCGAGCUACAGCAGCUGGGGCUGUGGCGAACCAGACAAUGCUGGUAGCAGUGGCGAGCUUUGUGCGCAGUAUCAGUUCGGUGGUGAAACAGGUUCGGUCGGCUUCACUGGGAAGUGGAGUGAUUACGACUGCAAGACCAAGACAAACUACAUCUGCCAAGUGCCUCUGCCCAACAGUAUCACACCAUCUACUCUCUGCGCAGCUAUCAAGUGCGAGCCUGGUUGGGUGUCCUGGAGAGGUAACUGCUACAAGUUUGUCACCAACGACUCAGCAAACUGGCCUUCAGCCUACGAGAAGUGUCUGAAGAUGAACUCAGCAUUGCUUAGCAUAUCAGACUUCACAGAGGAAGCAUGGGUUACCCAACAGCUGAAGAAGUUCAAUUUCCCGGCGGAGAAGAAACUCUGGAUCGGCUUGAAUGACCAAAAGUACCAAGUGUACCGCUGGCCAGACGAUACUGCUGCAUUCUACCGUAACUGGGACUGUGAUGUGUAUGCAAACUGGGCCAAGCAGUGCAUCUACAUCUUUGCUGGUUUCCGUAAGGUGGGCCCCCAACGUACCGGAAAGUGGGGCCCGGAUUCCUGUUCCAGCGGGCAUACUAGCUACAACAAAGAUGGAUACAUAUGCGAAUCAUCACCAGCCAAUGCCAUGGGCAAUAUUCCCAUUUACACCCAAGGCAAUUGCGAUCCAGGCUGGGUAUGGUUCCGUAACCGCUGCUAUUAUUUCUCCCAGGACAAGGUGGACUUCCCCACCGCGCAGGGCAAGUGCGGUGUAUUUAACGCCCGGCUUGGCGUCAUCAACACGCAAGCCAAGAACAACUUUGUUGUGGACUACAUGAUCGGCAACUGGUCCGACUUCACUGGCGAACGCUUCUGGAUUGGCCUUCACCGGCAGGCCAAACAAACCGAUCCAUUCACUUGGGUUAACAGAACUGAGCCAGUUGUCUUCACCAACUACAACUGUGGUGAGCCUAAUAAUGCUGGUGGCAAAGAGGGCUGCAUAGAGUUUGUUAUCUCAAACGAUUUUUCCAACUCAGCCAGCUGGAACGAUGUGGAGUGUACUAGUUCAGCUCAUUACAUCUGCGACAAGGUUGCACCACCGCCAACAACCAUGCCAACCACAAUACCACCAACCACUACUGUUCCUACCACCACACCCCGACCGACUACGACAGCCAUGCCAACAACUAGAGCCCCGACCACCUUCCCGGGCACCACAACGCCACCAACUGAAGAACCCACAUCCUUCGGAAAGCCUGGUAUUGCUAGGAGUUUCGCAGCGAAGGUGUUUGCAAACAGCACAAUCCGUCUUAGCUGGAAUGGUCUAGAUGUUGGCACUGGAAACCUAUCUGAGAUUGUAUUGCAGUACAGAAAACAGCAGCACAAGCGCUGGGCGCCGUUGUUCUCACUAUUCCCAACUGCCACAAGUUGGGCAAGUUACACAGAUCAUGCGAUUGACGUGUCGAACAUAAUGGACCCAGGCACCUAUACAUUUCGACUUGCGGCUCACAACAACCACGGCCGAGGCAAGAUGACCGAGUCAAAUCCAGUCGCAAUAUUCCCAGAACGUACCCAAUGUCCAGGCGUCGGUUUCAGUGUCAGUGCAUUGCCAGAAACGUAUGCUCUUCCCGCUAAGGCUGUUGAGAUUUGUCAGAGGAGAGAUCCGCAAUACGGAAGCAAACUCGUUUCGUCUCACGAGAAUCGAAUAGCAUGCGUCAAGCAGCACUUCAACGAAAUUGGAAUACCAGACCGUGAAUUGUUCUGGACGUCGGGGAGGCUAGCAACUGGAGAAUAUGUUAAGAGUACGGGUAAUUGGUUUGACCAGGGCGCUCUGUACCUGGUAGUGUGCGAGUUCACCACUGUCUCUUAUAAACCUACGGAGUGCAAACCAACCUGUUCAGAAAUCAGCGCAUUUCCACUUCAGCAGUCCACUGCCGCGGCAGCGGAAAGAGUGUGCGAAUAUAAUCAAAGAAUCUUUGGAGAUCAACACUUUGACUACAGAUUUGCCCACGUGGCCAGUCCUGAGAGCGAGAUUUUCGGAUGUGUGUCGCAUCAUCUACGAGUAACGGGCAUGAGCAAUACACUUGUCUACGGUGGAUAUGGUAAAGAUGCCCAUGGUGUACUGAAAGCUUCUAAUGGGAAUGUUUUGCCUCCAACAGCUAGCGUUUAUGUUGUGUGCGAGUACCGCAAACGUUGCAGCCAUCAAUGUCCAGUGGAGCGCUAUGGUUUUCCUAGAAGAACUACUAUCCACUACAUCCCCAGCAAAGUAGGACUGACCUACUCGGAGGCACGUACAUUUUGCAAAGACCGCAACAUGCGACUUCCCAGCUUCAACGAUAGGUCGUGUGUAAACAAUUACCUGACAUACGUCAUGGGAACAGGAGGAUCUGGAUGGAUUGAGACGAUGCAUCCGACUCUUGUGGCCAUAGUCAGCCGUCGCAAGGAUGGUAGAACGCAGUUUAUACCCAGCUGGGCAAAAUUGAAAAUUGCCGUCUGUGCUAUAGUACAAUAAAUGCCUUAUUUGCACGUUUCCAGAACGUGGUGGAAGGCAGAAGUCCCAAUGUGGAUACCUUGUUGACGCACACCAAUAAUGGUGUGGGGAAGAUAUGCUCUCCACACAUGUUUGCGGUCUCUGUUCGCAUUCCUUUCUCCAGCCUUUGUUUUCUUUUUCGCUUUUUUCUCGUUCCAUUUUGAUCUAUUUUCCAACUUUUCCAGUAUAAUUAUAAUGCAUUGUUUGUGGCGAACCGUGAAUUUUGUUUUGUAUUUUUGAGGCCGAAGUAUACUUUCUGAGUGGUCAUGCAGCGCACAAAGUUCACAUCAUUUCCUUUCACCUAUAGCUUAUGGGCAGUAAACUGGAACAUGGCUCGAAGGGCACUGUGAUUUUCCGAUAAUAUCACGGACAUUUGCUGAA